AAUAAUUUUCGUCUGCUGUAAGUCGGCUGGGUUUAUGCAGUUUUGGAAUUUACUGAUUUUUAAAAAUGAAGACAUUGUUAUACCUUCUACUAUACGUGCUUUUGCACAUUGAUAAUGUGAGCAGCGAAUGCAAAAUGUAUGAUGUGUGCCACUACGAUGAAACCAAAGGUGUCCAUCUUAACUGUGAUUGGACCACUGAGGGUAAACUACUGGACACGACAGAUCCCAUUUAUGAGAAGGUCUCGAAAAGUUUAGUUAAAGUCUGUCCUGAACUUUUUAAAGAUCCUACAAAACCCGGAGAAACACCUUUAUGCUGCACCAUAAAACAAGCGCAGAUCGCUCUAAAAAGCUUUGAACUUAUGGAAGUUUACAAACGAUGUCCGACGUGCAUUAGAAAUUUAAGAUCAUACACCUGCGCCUUGGCAUGUUCGACGAAUCAAGACGAGUACAUGUUUAACUUUACCACUUUACCGAACGGUAAUAUUAACCCAAAAUAUAACUACAUCACAAGCAUGAGCUUCAACUUAAGUAACGAGUACAUGGAAGGCACAUUCAAAUCGUGCCGCAACGUGGCUUUACCAAGUUCAGGCGAUCUGGUUCUGGGAACGACAUGCGGCUCUUGGGGGGAGAAAAACUGCACGCCUGACCGGUGGUUUGACUACUUUGGAUUAGGAAACAGUCUAGCGCCGUAUCCGAUCAGGUUUCUGGGAGUGCCCAAAGACUCGGAAGAUGGGAAGUUUCACAAGGAAGUCGUUCCUUGUCACUUGCAGUAUGACGAAACCUCCAAGUCGUGCAGCUGUAUUGAUUGCCCCCAAGCUUGCACCAUCGACCAGUUUGAACCACUCGGCGUCGGAUAUGAGAUUUUGGGGAUAAAUGGAUACGCCUUCAUAGUGGGAAUAGUCCUGUUAUCACUUUCAGCACUAUUUGUAAUAGUUGCCCUUUUUGCUCACAAAAGAUUUCCGGAUUAUAAUCUCGACGAGCCGGAACCGGAGGUCGACGUAAGCACAUUUAACUUCUUGGAGCGCUUCUUUAAGUCGCUUGGUGAAGGUGUCGCAGGGCAAUCGGUGGUUAUACUUUUCCUGUGUUCGUGGGUAGUUAUUGGGUUAACAUACGGCGCAUUUUCCCUAAAUGUUACCACUGAUCCAGUAGAAAUUUGGGCGUCGCCGACAAGUAGAAGUCGCCAAGAAAAAGAUUUCUUCGAUUUGGAGUUUUCGCCGUUUUAUCGAACGGAACAAAUCUUUAUUAAAGCGGUUAAUAUCGAACCUUUUGAGUAUGAAUCAGUUCGUGGGAAGAUACUAAUGGGGCCUGCUUUCAAUAAAACUUUCAUGAUGGAAGUAUUUAAAUUACAAAAGAAGAUCGAGCAGAUCGGCCAAGACGAAAAUGCUGGCUUACAAAACAUAUGUUUCAGUCCAAUCGCAAGUUCGUUCACAGGACCCAAAACCAUUAAUGACUGCACCAUCCAGACUUUAUUAGGUUUGUAUAAUAACGACAUCGACUAUUUUGAGAAGCACGAAGAUUAUUUGGAGAUUCUCGUACGUUGCAUGACGAGUCCAUACAGUCUUGAAUGUUUGGCACCUUAUGGAGGACCAGUCGAGCCUGGUACUUCUGUCGGUGGAGCUACACGGUCAGAUUUCACUGAUGGUAUUGGGCUUACUCUCACGUUUUUAGUUGAUAACUCGGUGAAUAAAGAGAAAUUGGAGCCCGCCUUUAAAUGGGAAGCAAAGUUUAUCGCAUUAUUAAAGGAGUGGGAUGCAGAUGAAAGACCGGACUUUAUAGAUAUAGCAUUUAGCAGUGAGAGGUCAAUCGAGGAUGAACUGUUACGUGUAUCGCAAGCUGAAAUCCUCACGACAGUUAUUAGCUACCUGGUAAUGUUCGCGUACAUCACCAUCGCACUGGGGAGAAUUCGUUCCGUAGCCACUCUAUGCGUAAGUACCACUCCCAGAAAUUUGUAUCGAGUACGUAAAUACUCGUUGCAGUUGGAUAGCAAAGUUACACUGGGAAUUGGUGGAAUCGUGAUAGUACUGUGUUCUGUAAUUUGUUCGCUCGGUGUUUGCGGAUAUAUUGGAAUUACAACCACUCUCCUAACGAUCGAAGUAAUACCGUUUUUAGUACUGGCAGUAGGUGUCGACAACAUCUUCAUCAUUGUACAAACCCAUCAGAGAAGACCAAGGCAAAAAGACCUAACGAUUGAAGAGGAAGUUGGUCUCACGAUGGCAAAAGUUGGACCCAGCAUGCUGCUUACCAGCUUUUCCGAAAUAUGUUGCUUUGGAAUUGGUGCGCUCUCUAGCAUGCCGGCAGUGAACACUUUCGCCAUUUAUUCCGUAAUUGCAUUGGCGUUUGAUUUUGUCUUCCAAAUCACCGCAUUCGUCGCGCUGCUCUACUUGGACGAUAAACGAUACGAGGACAACCGAUUGGACUUCCUUUGCUGCUUUAAGCAAGAUAAGAGGGUUUUCACACAUACCGAAAGCUGGCUAUACACUUUUUGGUCAAAAUACUAUACCCCAGUUAUUAUGAAGUUCUUCGUGAGGUGUUUGGUAGUCAUCGUGUUUACAGUAACCUUGUGCUUGAGUAUAAUUGUCGUGCCUAGUAUUGAAAUUGGAUUGGAUCAAGAAUUGUCAAUGCCCGAGGAUAGUCAUGUUUUAAAAUAUUUCGGGCAUCUUAAAGAAUUGCUCGGAAUAGGACCACCAGUUUACUGGGUAACGAAAGGCAACGUCGACUACACCAAUCCAAAUGUACAAAACCUAUUCUGUGGAGGACCCGGAUGCCAUCCGAACUCGGUACCGACCCAGUUAUUCCAGGCGUCAAAGCAGUCAAACAUCACCUACUUGUUACGACAACCAUCGUCGUGGUUGGACGACUUUAAAGAUUGGAGCGAGACUGAAGCGUGUUGCAAGUAUUUUCCAACCAAUGGAUCGUUUUGUCCCAAUUCGGCUGUCGGUUGUGAAGCUUGUAGUAUAAACACUCUCAAUAUACCUUGGGAUCAAUACUUCAAAAAGUACCUGCCGUAUUUUCUGCAAGAUAAUCCGACACCGCAGUGUGCUAAAGGUGGACAUGCCGCAUACGCAAAGGGAAUGAACUACUAUUUAGAAGAAGAUGGAGCUAGAGUCAUAUCUUCGCAUGUGAUGGCAUUCCAUACCGUGCUAAAAACGUCUAAAGACUACUAUGAGGCAUUGCGCUAUUCGCGAAUCAUUGCAAAAAAUUUAACAGAGACCAUUAAUAUGACGGAUGUUGAAGUGUUUCCCUAUAGUGUCACGUACGUUUUUUACGAACAAUACUUGGAUAUAUGGCCUACAGUUCUAACAUCCUUGGGAUACUCGUUGCUCGCGGUAUUUGUGGUGAUAUUAAUCAUCUCCAUCUUUGACAUAUUCGCUUCGUUCACUAUAAUUUUAACGGUUCUAAUGAUUAUUGUCCACAUGGGAGGCCUAAUGUACAUUUGGAAUAUUACCCUUAAUGCCGUCUCCUUGGUAAAUUUAGUUAUGGCUGUUGGAAUAUCGGUGGAAUUCUGCGGGCACAUAGUUCAUUCCUUCGUCCAUUCAAAACGUAAAGGAUCUGUAAAUAAAGCAGCGGAUGCUUUAGCCAACAUGGGCAGCUCGGUGCUGUCCGGAAUCACACUCACCAAAUUUUGUGGCAUCACGGUUUUGGCGUUUGCCAAAUCGCCAAUUUUCCAGAUAUUUUAUUUCCGUAUGUAUUUAGGUAUGGUCAUAAUCGGCGCGUUACAUGGCCUUAUAUUUUUACCAGUCUUUCUCAGUUUCUUCGGUGCCUUAAGGUACGGAAGUUAGGAAUCUGCGGAAGUUAGGUAUAUUCUCAACUUCUUUGACGAAAUACGCCCCAAAAUACACCUGAAGAAUUCCAGCGUUGGCGUUGAUAAUUAUUUCUAUAAGUAAAAAUCUUAAUUAUUAUUAUCGAUAAGAAUCUUUUUAAUUAAACGAUA